GGACCGAGCAAUUCCUGAUACUCGUCGAGAGAUCUCCAUUUUUCCGUUCAGAAAUGCGACAAAAUGGACAACACGUGCGAAGUUCUGUCAAAGAGCAGCAUCGCAAAUCGAACGGAGAACCCCAACGAUUUUUCUGAAACAAACGCUGUAUCCAUAUUGAAAUAAGACUGACACGUAACUUCGCAGUUGCUUGGAUUUAUUGUCCAGGCCCGAAAAUUGCAAAUACCUGAAGACUGUAGCCUCUGAUCCUCUGGGUUUUUUGCGUGUCGAGACCAAGAAUGCAAUUACCUGGACAAAGGAGUAAAUUCAAUGACAUGUCAUCAUUAGUAUUCGUCAACAUCAGGGUUGUGUUCAACUUCGAUUUCAAAAACAUGCUCCGAUGGAACGUCAAGGGAAAUAUACCCUAUGCGGAAUCGCUGACCGAUAUCCAUGGACCGACCGAUGACGAUGAAUUGUUCGUAGAUAAUUUACCUUAUGCAGAGUUGCCGACCGAUAUCCUUGGACCGACCGAUGACGAUAAAUUGUUCGUAAUCGCCUUUGAUGAGCUAAAGACCGAACACAAGAAUCCGAUUGAUCAAUGUAACAGUUUGAACCCGAUUGUCGUCCCUGAAUAUCUGCUGCACGUGCUGUUCAACAUACUUUUCUUAUUAGCUGGAGAAUGGUUUUCCUUGCUAUUGAACCUCCCGCUACUGGUGUACCACUUCCUGAGAUUUCGCAGUAGACCAGUCAUGUCUGAACUAGGCCUGUAUGAUCCUACAACCAUUAUGAAUGCUUCUGAUUUAACAAGAUGUCAGCGAGAAGGUUGGGUCAAAUUGGCCUUCUACUUGUUGUCUUUUUUUUAUUAUCUUUAUGGAAUGAUCAGCUCCCUCAUCCAAUAGAUUUAACUAUGGAGUAGCAGCCAUGGGUGCAUUGCACUAGCCGAUCAUUGAUAUGUCUCAUGAUGUGUACAAAUUCACUGGUCUCAGCUUCAGUAAAAAAGGAUGUAAAAAAACUUGAUUAUAAAUAGGGCAGGAAUAUUCUUGUGUAACAAUUAUUGGAUGUUUCAUUUCAGUAUUUUCAGUCUCGGAUUUAUCUUUAAGUCCAGUAUACAGCGUGAACUAUGAAAGCUAAUACCCAUAAGGCACAUGGGCACAUUCGGUCUCUGAAUCUAUUGUCACUGCUACCCCUUAAUGUUUCGCUUAAUAAUAUUUUUGACAUGCAAACCGA